UCCAAGUGAAGCCAAUGAAGCAAUUAAAACAAACGCCCCACCUUACAAACUCAAACGUCCACCAUGUGCACAGCUAUCUAUAGAGUUUUCUGGGUCUUUCACUCUCCACAAAUUUCUCAAUUUCUCUGUCAAUAAAUUAUGGGGAAAAUGUUGCAUGGCUUUGGCUUAGUUGCUUAUGCUCUUCUUCUAGUUCUAUGCCUUCAUGAAGACCAAUUACAUUGCUAUGCAAAACUACUUGCGACCAGCUGUGACUUGUUUCAUGGGAGUUGGGUUCUUGAUAAAAGCUAUCCACUCUACGACACCUCCAGCUGCCCUUUCAUUGAGAAAGAGUUUGACUGCCAAAACAAUGGACGGACAGACGAUCGGUAUCUCAAAUAUAGAUGGAAGCCUGACGCUUGUGCAUUGCCAAGAUUCAAUGGUCGGGACCUGUUGAAGAGGUUAAAGGGGAAGAAGAUACUAUUCGUAGGGGACUCUCUAAGCCUCAACCAAUGGCAAUCACUAACAUGCAUGUUGCAUGCUGCAGUGCCCCAAACCAACUAUGCCCUAACAAGGAAAGCCGACAUCUCUGCGUUUUCUUGGCCCGAUUAUGAUGUUUCAAUUAGGUUAUCUCGCAAUGCAUUUCUGGUGGACCUAGUGGAUACAAAGGAAGGCAGGGUUCUAAAGCUGGACUCUAUUGAAAACGGCAAAACAUGGAAAGGAUACGACGUGCUUAUCUUCAAUACUUGGCAUUGGUGGCUCCACAAAGGAAGCAAACAACCAUGGGACUACAUAGAAGCAGGAGGUAAGAUAGUGAAGGAUAUGGACCGUUUGGAUGCUUUUAGAGAGGGAUUAACUACUUGGUCCAAGUGGGUGGACUCUAAUGUUGAUGCUGCCAACACCAAAGUUUUCUUUCAAGGCAUUUCUCCAACUCAUUACAUAGGAAAAGAAUGGGACGAGUCAGAGUCAGCAACUUGCAAAGGACAAAAUCAACCUGUAAGUGGUUCAAAAUACCCAGGAGGAUCACCAGCAGCAGCAACUGUGGUCAACCAAGUGUUGACUGCCAUGUCAUCCCCAGUAACUUUGCUGGACAUAACAUUGCUAUCGGAACUGAGGAAAGAUGGGCACCCAUCUGCAUACGGUUUGGGUGGAGAUAAAGGAAACGAUUGCAGUCACUGGUGCCUUGCUGGUGUCCCUGACACCUGGAAUGAACUUUUUUAUGCAAGUCUUGUGGCUACUGGCUGAGAAUUAUUUAGAAUGGGAAACAAAUACAUAAAUGUAUAAAUUACUUGGCUACAAUACAAAUGAAGUGGGUGGUAGCCUCUAUUCUAUCUCGUUUAUUUCAAACUAAUUAAUUCAUCUAAAAGAACAAUUCAACUUU